CGCUGAGGAUAGAGGCCGGCUGUAGCGGUGACGACGAGAGAGUGGCAAACAUGUCGUCGUCUUCGUGGAGCGACGAGCUGGUCGAGUGGGACGAUGAGCUGACGCGCGAGACGGACCACAUCCAGCUGGGGCUGGUCGAGCCCUGGCUCGACUCGCACCCGCUGCCCGAAGGUGUCGAGGCACCCCACCCGUCCCGGCUACGCAUGGGACAGGACGCGUUCGUUGCGAGGAGGUACGAGCUGGCCGAGCACCGAUACGCAUUCGCCAUGUUCGCCGGAUGCGACGCAUUCAGCUCCCGGCCGGAGUUUGCCGAGGCCGCCAAGCACGUCUUGGACGGUACUCCGGCUAUUUACCUGUACCACAACCGGAACACGCUCUCCGAACUUCUCGAACUAUUCCCGCGCACCCAGCGCAUCACCCUCAAGCACGACCUGAGCGAGAGUGAGGGCUUCGUCUACGCCCAGACCAAAGAACCGCACCACCUGGUGCACCUGGAGGGGAACUUCGCAGACCAUGAGAACACUGGCCUAGCCGUCUAUGGUGACGCCGUCACCAACAUUCUGAUGACCUGCCCGAAUCUCCGCUUGCUGGAUGCAGACAUUCUCCCGGGCUUUGGAAGCCGCGCAGAAUAACAACGAACUACGCGCCGUCAUUGGAAACCUUCUCGUAGUCGUGCUGGGUGGUUACUCCUACGGUCACGACGGUUGCGUCCAGUCCUUCGUUCCGGCCAGCGGCGAUCAAAUCAAGUGCGCCGCCGAGAUGUGCCCUGACGCGGGACUCGUCUACGUCGCCGUCGACUCACCGGACUCCGUCCAAGAGCUGACCGAGUUCAUACUCGCCUUCUAAGCUGUGCGUCUCCUACGAACCCGAUACGACGGCCUUUUGCCCGUUCUCCAGCGUCGUACCGGCACUCAAGAAGUUUGACCUCUCAGCGCUCUCCCUGCAGGAACUUCAGGGACGUCGACCUCAACAAGGUCGCCAAGACAGGAGAAAAGACCCUCCGCCUGCUGUCGCUAGACCACUGUCACGUCCUGGACGAAGAAGUCAAGUCAACCGCCUUCCGCAAUCUGGUCGCCCUCAGGAUCACGUGGGCGACGCCCGUAACAUUGCAGUGUCUUCUGUCCGAGUGUCCCGAACUAGAAUACCUCAAGCUCGGCUCCACCGAAGUGUCCCGUAUGUUCCUGUCGCGACUGUUCACUAAGACGUCAAUGACAUCUCUCAGGAGCCUGGAGCUACGUCUUGAUCACCCGCUGGAGCACCAUGGACUCGGUGAGGAAGACCUCAACGCGAUGGUACAGUCUCUGCCAUCCUUGAGAUACGUGUCCACGAACUCGCCGGAGGUGCGACUGUUUCUUCGCCAAAGCGCACCGCACAUCAGAAUAGGAACGCUCUUCUGCGCGCUGUGUGCGGCUGAGUUUUGCCGCAGGACAGGGAGGUGUAGUGUUUCGAGCAUUUUGUGACCGUCCUCUUAGGCUGAAGUAUAGGACACUGCAAGAAGAUCGUGCAUCGCAGCUUAAGGAGCCGCCCGUUCGUGUCACGACACUACCGGGUGUUUUGAACGCGGUAUGUUAGCUGAAGCUUUACUGUGUGUCAGAGAGCCAACUAGAACACUUGCUUCGCUAGUAUAAUGGCCUUGAUACCGUGGGUUGCUUUUCUCAAAAGCACUCUUUGAAACAUGCGGUGUUAGUGGUUGGGCAAAAUGUGUUUACGUUGCCCCAGUCUUAUUCCCCCUAUACCAUCGUCCCUGGCAUCCUGGUCUUCACCAGACACACAGAGAGCGUAAGAGAGGGGGACAAAAUAAAUGUCGAUUUAUUAUUCA